AUUUCUCUCAUUGUGACUGAGCCUUAUGAGUCUGGCCAAUUUGACAAAUAACGGUGGCUACGUUUAAAAACAAUGCACUCUAGGUUCGUUUUGACGCUUGUUUUUAUAUUUUGGAUUGGUUCUGCCAUAGUUUGUCAACACACAGCCAAUCAGCACACAGUCGAUCAGUGGCCAGACUCUUACUUGAAGGUCUCUAGGUGGGAUCUUAUGUCUUUUUUGGAAAACUUAUCGAUAUCCAAUGUCCGGUAUGCAAUUCGAUAUUCUAUAGGAGAACACGCUAGGGACCUUAGGUAAAAAUAAUUUUUAUCCCUACAAAAAUAUGUCUUUCUAUUGGAUAUCAGACAUGUAAACCCCCUCCAAUUUUUAUACAUAGCACGUGUAUGGCACGUGUAUGCGGAAAUCCCCCAUCCGGAUUAGAUAGAGAACGAUCGAUAAAUUUACAAGCUAAAACAAAUUUAUUAUACUGCAAAUUGUCUUCAUAUCAAUAUCGAGCAAUAAUGUUCGCGUUCCUCAGACAAGUAACGGAAGAAAAACAGGCAAUCCUUCAACUCGAAACGAUAACGGCCGAACCCGCUACAAGUAUGAAUAUUAGUAAGAAAUUUUUGGACGUUCUACAAUUGUCGUUUGAGGUAAAGUACAUGGAUGAAGAUAUCAAACUUGCUAAGAAGAGAAAAAAAAUCAAAGCGAUAGAGGAGAAAAUGAACGUAUUAUAUCAGAAUGUAAUGGAUGUUUCAAGAGACUCACAAUUUGAUGAUAUUGUUGCUUUAUCGAAUGCUUAUUAUAACAUAGGUUUAGAAUAUAUUCCUUCUACGGAUACUGACGAUCUAAAUACCGCUACAACACAUUUUUCAAGAUGUUUGGAACUGUUGAAAGGAAAAUAUUUUGACCGUAAAACUAUAUUGACAUCUAUAGGUGCACUUAACGAAUCGAAUUCAGUUCAUGAGAGAGUAAGCAAAAAUAAGUGUACUCAUAGAUUCUUGAAUUCAGCAUUGGAAAUAUAUUUGAAAUACACACUGAGGGAUAAUUGCCCUGAUCCCAUCCACAUAGCAAGUCUUAUUGGUAUUAAAGAAAAGGAAUUUAAUCCUAGAAUUAUCUUGGAAACUUUGCAUCAUACAACGUUACAAGACUUAGGACUUCAAUAUCUUGCAAGGUCGAAAGAUAAGCACAAAUUUGUAAUAUAUAUGUACAGGAUUUUAAACAUUCGACUGACAAACAUGGUAGCUGACAAAACAAAAUUUGAUGAAAAGUGUCUUGAUAUGGCUGUAACCUUAUUUGAUCUGUCUAGAUACUUUCUAGCAAACGGUCGUUUCGCUGAAGCUAGAAGUCACAUUGCUGUUGGAGAUUAUGUAAUAUGUAGAUUUAUUGUAGAUAGACUGGAACCAGCAAAGAAAGAAAAUAAAGAUUCUUCUCACUUGUAUGAAAGUUAUAAUUAUGCCUUUGCUCUUAGUUCUAAAUCUUGGGGUUCCUAUGGAGUUUCUCUUUUACGUUUCUGGAUGGAAAAAUUUUCACAGAAUAAAGAAAACAAAUCUAAGAUACAAGAUAUUGUGUCAAAAUUAGAAAUAACAUCUGGGGAGCUACAUUUAAUAUUUUCUAGUCUAGACAAAGAAUUGAAACGCACAACUAUUAGUAUCACAGAAACAAGUAUAUUAAAUUUUUCUGAUGCCAAAUCGAUUUUUAAAAAAACUUUGAUGCAACUGGAAUCAGCGAAGAAAUAUUUUACUGUAGACACUAACAUU